CUUGCCCAAUCACAAUACGAAUCACCUUUGCAUCUAUACAUCAACAGUACAGAAGUGAAAGAAAGCCAACCGAGGACAUCCAUUAGAGCCAAACAUAUCAGUCCAACACAUUAGAGCUUAUCUUUCUGAUUCCAAAUCGUUCUGCAGCCGCAAGCGUAAUAUAGCAAACGAGAGAAAGAAACCACAAAAUGGAGAAGUUAUCCUCUGUGGCGAAGACGCUUGCACCUUCUCCAAUCCAACAGCUUUCAUUCUUAGCUCAGAGGUGCAACGCUAUCAACCUCGCCGAGGGCUUUCCCGAUUUUCCCGCUCCUCCGCACGUCAAAAACGCCGCCGUCGCCGCCAUCAACUCCGACUUCAAUCAGUACAGGCAUGUGCAGGGAAUUUGUGAUUUCGUGGCAGAGAACAUGAAGAAAAUCCAUGGAAUUGACUUUGAUCCACUCACAGAUGUGGUCAUUUGCUGUGGCCAGUCGGAGGCCUUUGCAGCAACACUAUUCGCAGUAAUUGAUAGAGGUGAUGAGGUGAUACUUUUCGACCCGUCUUACGAAACGUAUGACACUUGCAUCAGGCUUGCCGGAGGAGUUCCGGUUUAUGUAGGCCUCGAUCCGCCUUAUUGGACAUUGAAUUCAGAUAAACUCGAGAAGUCAUUUACCAACAGAACAAAAGCAUUAGUGUUGAACAGUCCUCACAACCCAACUGGAAAGGUUUUCACCAUUGAUGAGCUUGAGAUCAUUGCUGGAGCUUGCCGGAGAAGGGAUCUGAUUGCUGUCACUGAUGAAGUAUACGAGCAUAUAACCUUUGACAAUCAGAGGCAUGUAUCACUUGCUUCACUUCCUGAAAUGCAAUCGCGGACAGUCAUCACAUCUUCCCUGUCAAAAACUUUUAGUGUUACUGGAUGGAGAGUCGGAUGGGCAAUUGCACCCCCUUGCAUUGCAUCUGCAAUCAGAAACAUUCAUAUCAAAAUUACAGAUUCUGCUCCAGCACCUUUCCAGGAAGCAGCUUUGGUUGCGUUAAGAAGUUCUCCUGCAUACUUCGAUUCAUUGAGAAAAGACUAUGAAUCAAAGAGAGAUUACAUUUUCAACUUGCUUGCCAAGGUUGGAUUUGAGCUGCCGUUCAAGCCUCAUGGCUCAGUUUUUGUGUUUGCACGGCUUCCUGAAAGUUGCCCCCUUAAUGAUGCAGAACUUGUAGAGGAAUUAAUUAGGCAAGCAGCGGUUGUUGCAGUACCAGGCUCUGCAUUUUUCCAUGUAAAUUCAAAUGCAGGUUACGAUCAUCAACGGUAUAUCAGAUUUGCUUUCUGCAAAAGUGAGGAUACUCUAGCUGCUGCCUCAGCAAAAAUCAGUGAGCUCGUUGAUGUUAAAGGCACUUUCAAACUGCUUUACCUCGACAAAUGAUGAAAGGUCAAGGACUCCAUUACAAACGGGCUUCGUUGUAUCAAAAACAAGUGCUACGAGAUUGUCAGACGGCUUUUAGCUAAUCCUCCGAGGGCCGGUUUGCGGGGCCCACUUUGCUUGCGCAUCAUGAGGAGGGCGGCUCGGAAGAUUCCAAAAGCGCCGCUCUUUUUCUUCUUCUUUGUCAUCUUUGAGUCGGUGUCGUCCGACGGAUUGGAGGGGACGUUCUUAGUGAGGUUCUUGGCGAAGAUGGCAUCGUUUUCGAGCACGGUUCCCGCCAUUAUUGAUUAUUAUUUUAAUUUCGAGAAUUUGUGUACGUAUAUGUGUAUGUAUCGUGGCUCUCGAAAGGCUCUCCCUGCAAAAUGCAGGGCAGAGAAGAAGGGAAAAGGCCUAUGGGACGAGGAGAUUUGGAGAGCUCACCCACGUUUGGGAGGCACUCGUUAAUGCUAUAUAUAUGUGAACUGAAUUCUUGGAUUAACUUUAGACCUUUCAAUAUUUUCC